GGAUUAGAUAUCUUCAUCGAAGCUAGCAAGAAAAAGUAAGCCAAAAACCCUAAUUUUCUCUGAUCAUGGACAGCUUACCUUUGCAUCUCCUCAACGAGAUUCUCUUCAGAGCAGAUCUCACAUCUUUGGUGAUGAUGCGAUGCACAAAUAGAUCUCUUCAGUCACAUAUAUCCGAGGACCCGUGUUUAAAAUCCGAAUUCUUUUCUAGGUUCAGAUCCGGUUUGCUUUACAUCUCCACCUAUGGCUCUAAGUCGCUUUGGUAUUACUCUUUGGGAGAUACUAGGUCACCAAGAACCAAAACCAUCUUAAUGGAGUGUCGGAUUCUAGGCUCUUGCUCUGGUCUUCUUCUACUCUCUGUUAAUAAUGGUCUCUGCGUCGCAAAUCCCCUUAUAAAAAAGUUUCGAUUCUUGAAUCAACCUAGGUCAAGGUUUUUGCCUAAUAGUCUACCAGUUGGUCUUGGGCACGAAACGAAGUACAUCGGGUUUGCGGUUUAUGAAAUUGAUCGAACCACCCAGGGUUUCAAAACAGUCUGCAUAACCGAGGUGGAAAAAAUAAAUCCUGACGAGGAAACAACGUAUAGAUUCGAGAUUAACGCCGGAGAUUCAUGGAGAUUUUCGAAAACAAAGAUUACUUGCAGUACAAGCGAUCUCGAUAUCAGUAUGAGAAAACCUGUUUACUUGGACGGAUCUCUUCACUGGCUGCGAAACGAUGGAAGCAUCGUUGCUUUCAACCCCGAAACAGAGCAAGCAACAACAGCCUAACCUAUAUCGGCGUUUAAGGAUGUAAUUUACGUUUAUGCCCUCGAGAAUAUCCUC